CCACUGGAGCGCUAGCGCUAGUGGGUAUCCUGCAAUCUACCGGCGUUGCCUGCACCUUGGGCACCUUUGAGCUUGAUUAUUUUGGGGCGGAUGAGACAUUAAAUACAUAUUUUGUCGCUAUUACGCUGUAGCCGUGUUUGGAGUUAGCCCUGAUGCAAUUUUUGAGGCUCAAUAUUACUCUCUUAUCAUAGUGUAAGAUCGUCGACAGAAAUGUUUGAUUGAGUAUUUUCUGGUGCACGGUUUUAUUAAAAAAGCAGCGCCAUGAGUUUCUCCAGCGACGAGGUCAACUUCUUGGUGUACCGAUACCUCCAGGAAUCUGGUUUCCAACACUCAGCGUACACAUUCGGUAUUGAAUCCCACAUUUCUCAAUCAAAUAUAAAUGGAGCCCUGGUACCCCCCGCCGCUCUUCUCAGCAUUCUUCAAAAGGGUCUACAAUACACAGAGGCAGAAAUCAGCAUAGGAGAGGAUGGCACUGAGCAUCGGUUAGUAGAAAGUCUGUCCCUCAUAGACGCUGUCAUGCCAGAUGUUGUCACCAGUCGCCAGGGUCAGCAAAAGCCCCCAGUUGUUAAAAAUGAGUUAACAGAAACAAAUGGAGAAGAAGGAUCCACAUCUUGCUCCCAAGACACAGCCAUGGAAGUUGAUGGAAGUAUCGAAAUUCCAGAAAGCAAGACCACUGUUCUUCGAGGCCAUGAGUCUGAAGUAUUCAUCUGUGCCUGGAACCCUACAACUGACUUGUUGGCUUCGGGUUCGGGUGAUAGCACAGCCCGAAUAUGGGACAUGAGUGAUAAUUCUUCUUCACCCAACCAGUUAGUCCUACGACAUUGCAUUCAGAGGGGCGGUGCAGAAGUUCCUAGUAACAAAGAUGUUACAUCGCUGGACUGGAACUGUGAUGGUACCCUGCUAGCCACAGGAUCCUAUGAUGGUUAUGCUCGUAUUUGGAUGACUGAUGGGUCUUUGGCGAGCACCCUUGGUCAGCACAAGGGCCCUAUAUUUGCUCUCAAAUGGAACAAGAAAGGAAACUAUAUCCUCAGUGCUGGUGUUGACAAGACUACAAUCAUUUGGGAUGCAGCAUCUGGACAGUGCACACAACAAUUCUCAUUCCACUCUGCACCCGCUCUUGAUGUUGAUUGGCAAACAAAUCAGAGUUUCGCAUCAUGUAGUACUGACCAAUGCAUUCAUGUUUGCAAACUUGGGGUAGACAAGCCUAUCAAAUCAUUCCAAGGGCACACUAAUGAAGUCAAUGCCAUUAAGUGGGAUCCCCUUGGAAAUCUUCUAGCUUCCUGUUCAGAUGACAUGACCUUGAAGAUAUGGAGCAUGAAACAGGAUACCUGUGUGCAUGAUUUACAGGCUCAUAGCAAAGAAAUUUAUACUAUCAAGUGGAGUCCAACUGGGCCAGGCACUGCUAACCCUAACAUGAGUCUCAUUUUAGCCAGCGCAUCAUUUGAUUCAACUGUGAGGCUCUGGGAUGUUGAGAGGGGACAUUGCAUACAUACUCUCACCAAACAUACAGAACCUGUGUAUAGUGUUGCAUUUUCACCAGAUGGCAAAUUUUUGGCUUCAGGAAGCUUUGACAAAUGUGUACACAUUUGGUCAACACAGAGUGGACACUUGGUACAUAGUUACAAGGGUACUGGCGGCAUAUUUGAAGUAUGCUGGAACUCCCGUGGUGACAAAGUUGGCGCAAGUGCAUCGGAUGGAAGUGUUUUUGUGCUGGACUUACGCAAGAUGUAAUUGAAUGACUACGAGCUGGUUCCCCAAGGAUGAUAAGGAUUAAUUAGCGGAUCUCAUCCCUGCUUCUGUUCAACUUUGAUUUUAUGAUUGUAACAGUUGAAGAUGGGAUUCUACUUAUCAAAAUCUUUCUUGAAAUAAUCAUGUUUUCCUGCAUAGUAUUGAUGAACUUACUAGGUAGUGAAGGUUCUGCUCAACAGUUUAGCAUUUCACUGAAGUACUUCAAGUUUCUGUUAAAUGUAGAGUCUAAAUUUUUUUAUGUUAUUUUAUUUUACUGUUGCACAUUUUAUCAUCUGUACCUAAUGCUUGUGGCAAUUCUGAAGCUGUUUGUUAAUUGACUGAAAGAUAAUGCUGUAAUUUUCUUAGCCCAUUAGUAUAAAAUCGGGCACCUGCCUGAGUAGGUAUCUGCUUAUUCCUUGUCUGAUUGACUUAAGUGCAUCACUGUUGUGAAAUCUUAAAAUAAUAGGUGUCUAAAUUAAAUUUGGUUUUAAAGCCUGUUGAGAGGAAAUGCAUUAUCCCUGUUCUAUUUUAUUAGCUCAUGUACCUGUGUUUGAUAAACAUUCAACCUCAAUUCCGUCAAACUUGAAAACAGAAAAAGGUAAUGGUUAACAUUUAUUUGAUUUGUGUAAGUUGUUUUGUAAGUACAAAAUAUUUUUGUUUGUCAGAUAUUAUUUUAAUUUUAUUUUAAUUUAAAUUGUAUAUAAUGCCAUAUAUGUAAAUGAAUGUUAGAUGAGGUUUAUUUCAGUCUACUGUGUAUUCUGUUUUUACCAACUCUUCCUUGUUUGAGUUGUUCUUUGGCAAUUAAUGCAUUCCUCCUUAUCAAUGGAAAAACAAUAAUUUAACUUGAUCAAGGCUUUGUACAGCAUUCUCCCACUAUGUGGUAAAAUGGCAAAAAAUAUUGUGCAUUAAAGUUGAGGAUGACCAAAUACCCUA